AUGACAGGUCGUAAGCGUAAUAUUGAUGAUUCCGACAUUUCUACCAAAUCAAGAUCAAAACUUCUAAAGACUACUAGAUACGAUAAAUCAAAGAUUUCGACUUCGACAAUUAAAAAUUCUCAAAAGAAUGUCCAAAUCCUCAACGUUAACCGUUCAGAUUACCUUUCUUAUGACGAUGUAAAAUUAAUGAGGAGGAAAAUCAAUGAAUUAGCUACCAUGAACUGCGAGGAUGAAAAAUCUUUAAUAGAUACUAUCGAUAUUACAGAUAUUACUUCCAAUACAACAGAAUAUUUAAAAGAUUUCAAAGAAAAAUUUUCGGGUGUAAUUUCAAUUGUAACGUUACUUUGUACUAUUAAUAAAUUAUUUGAAGAUAUAGGAUGGAAAUUCUCUAAUUUCAAUGAAUUAGAUGGUGGUAAAUGUGAAUUAACCGAUCUUAUUACUAAAAAAACUUUUAGACUUAAUGUAAUAUUUGAUGAAGGUUAUGAAUCUGAUAUUAUCAAACAUAGAAUGAGAAAGGAAAGCGAAGAACAAAAAUAUUUUUAUGUCUAUGAUCAUGGAGAAACAAAACUUUUGAAGAAUAAUAACGACAAUAUAAGUAUGAACGUUAAAGGUAAGACCAACAUGGAUGGAGUGAAGAUUAUUAAUGGAUCUCACGAUGAUAAUUCAUGUGAUGUUUUACAAACUUACUCUGCUGCAAGAUCAAGAAUCAAAAGAAAUUUACCUGUUUCCCGAGGAAUUGACAUAAUUCUUGACAAAGUCACUGAUGAAAUAAGAAAUAGUGUUGUACAUUUCGAUAAUCCUUUUUCUUUGCUUGAAGAGAAAUCUCAGGAAAGUAACGACGGUUCGAAUCAAGAACAUUUAAUGAGAGAAUACGAAGAAAUUGAAAAGAACAGUCAUUACUUCGUCUUGAUUGGAAAAGUUAACGACGAUUCUGAUGGCAACAAAAAUAAUGUUACUAAAUCAAAGGAUACUAAUAUGGAGAACUUGAUUAAUAUAAUUGAUAAGUCUGCGACACAUGCACAAGUUUCAACGAAUGGCUAG